AUAUUGACAUGCGCAGUGGCAGCUGUAGAGGAAGUCGAAGCUGUGUAAAGUGUUGAAGUUUUUAGCUUAGUGUCAAUGUGAAAAGGAGGAGCUUACGUCUGCCGUCGACCCCCCACUGUUGUUGUGAAACACAGGCUACAAAAUAUGCCAUUAUUUGGUAACUCGGGAUCUUUUGAUCCUGAUGUUGAAAAAGCCACCAAUGAAAUGCGUACAACUGAAGACUGGGGUCUUAUUAUGGACAUCUGUGACAAGGUCAGUCGGACUCCCAAUGGGCCCAAAGAUUGUCUUCGUGCUAUUGUGAAACGGAUGAAUCAUAAAGUUCCUUUUGUGACAAUGCAAAGUUUAACUCUUCUGGAUGCUUGUGUAAAUAACUGUGGUCGACCAUUUCAUUUGGAAAUUUGCUCCAGAGAUUUCGUGUCUGAAUGUCGCAAUUUUAUUGGACAAAAAGCUCACCCAAAAGUAGCACAGAAGCUGAAGUUGUUGAUAAAACGAUGGGCAGAGAUGCCAGAAUUCAAAGAUGAACCAGCUCUAAACUUGAUGCCAUCGCUGUAUGAAAGCUUAAAAAAAGAGGGACAUGACUUCUCCGAUCCAGAUACAGUGCCAAAGAAAACACCAACACUUAUUUCAAAUCCUGAUGCUGUUCAAACACAACAGGAAGAAGAUGACAUAGCAAAAGCCAUUGCUUUAUCAUUACAAGAAGCUGAAAAAUCCAAAACUGGUGGUUCGUUAUACCCAUCAGCUUCUACUGCCCUUAGCAGCAGUAAUACUUUGCCCAAAAGCAAAGAGUAUCGCAAAGUGAGAGCUCUGUAUGAUUUUGAAGCCGCAGAAGAUAAUGAACUUAACUUUAAAGCUGGUGAAAUCAUUAGUGUACAAGAUGAUACGGACCCAAACUGGUGGAAAGGUUUCAGUCACAGAGGAGAGGGGCUGUUUCCUGCCAACUUUGUUACUUCUAAUCUAACAGCUGAACCAGAAGAGAUGAAAGAGAAAAAAGGUGUUCAGUUCAAUGAAGAAGUAGAUGUGAAAGUUAUGGAAACUCUUCCGGAAGAAGUAGAAGUGGAUGAGGCAAAGAUUGACCAAGUAUUGGCACUGAUACAGAAUGCUGAUCCAACAGGAGAAACACAACCAGAUUCUUCAGAGUUAUUAUCUCUUGAAGAACAAUGUAAGAUAAUGGGUCCACUGAUUGAUGCUGAAUUGGAAAGGAUUGACAAGAAACACGCUAAUUUGGUAGAAUUAAAUAUGAAAGUGAUGGAUGCUUUACAAAUGUACCACAACUUAAUGAAAGAAAAUCCUGUGUUCUAUAUGUCCCAUCAACCUGCACCACAACAAGCCCCUAGCACUUAUAUUCCAUCAGGUAUCCCACAGCCACCACCUCAGCAGCAACAACAACAACAGCAACAACAACAAUAUGCAAACCAACCUCAAUACAUAAGCCCUGGGCAGGCCCCACCUUCAAUCAUCCAUGCAAACAAUGGACCUGUACCCCAGGGACCAAUACCAACUAACAUGAUGUCACAACAGCCAGCUCCAGCUCAGAGCUUAAAUGGAAAUUCCAUUGUUGUAUCAGCAGCUCAGCAACCCUAUAAUGGAGUAACAGCUCCUGCUCAGAGCAGUAUGGCAACCUAUGGACCAACUUCAGCACAGUUUAAUCCCCAGUCAAUGAACAGUAUGUCCUUACCCCCAAUGGAUGCCAAUUAUGGACCACCACCAUCGACUGGAGGUGGAGGAAUGUCUUAUCAACAAGUACCUCCUCCACAACCUUUGUUGUGAUCUGCUAUUGCCUUGGAGACAGAUGGGGGAGCAGCUGUUGGCUUAGGUCAGUGUUGACAGAAAAGUCAUGAUUACAUUACUUUCAACAAAAACAAACAAACAAACAGGUCUUAAGAAUGGCUAAAGUAAAGAAAAGAAAUUUGUUAUGAUUCUGAUAUUGUAUCUUUUUUAUUUUUUUUUUCUGAAGACUGUUGUUGUUGGAAACAACUAAAUUAUGGAAUCGUUAGUACUGUGAUAUGCCUCUCUAUGGUUAAUAAAAUAACUGUAGUGUUUAAGGCUGGACUUGUGGUUUUGUAGACAUCAGGUGAUAACUGACCAAGCAAACACUCUGCAGAACUAGCAGGUUAUUACUUACUGUAGUAACACUGCAUGUUUGUUCUACUCCUGCUUCUUAGCUUGACCACUUAACUGUUUCUUUUUUUUUGUUUUUGUUUUACAUUGUUGUUUUUUUUAAAAAAGACUGUGGUCACGGGGACUCCCUUUCUCUCUCUCUCUCUCUUCUCUAUCUCUCUCCCAUAUCUUAUGUCAUGUGAAGUAAGGCAUGGAUUAAACCUAAUUUGUGAUGUCUGUCUGCAUAUGGAUACGAAUAGUUUGUUUAUUUUUACCUUCUUCCUAUGUGUGUGCAUGCUUGUGUGCGUGUGUAUAUGCAUGGAUGUGUGAAUGUGCAUGUGUGGUUUGUGAACUGCAUGAAUGUUCGCCAUGAAGUGUAAGAAAGUCUUAUAUUCUAAAGACAGCUGACACAAUGUUUUUCUCCUCUACAUUCAAGUAUCACACAAAAUAUUUAGUUGUUGUAAAGAAAGAAAGCCUAACUCAUUGAAACUAAUUGAGACAUUUUCUGCAUAGUAAUGGCAGCUUUGAGGGUGUUAGUUGAUUGCAUGCUAUUUUAUUUUGCUGUGAUACUUACAUUUGUACCCACAGAAACAGAUUUCGAAAUAAAAAGGGAAAACCGAAGUCUGAAGCUGAUAUUAAAAACUGAACGUCUGUA